CAGACUGGCCCUGGACUGUACUGCUGACCCACAAUGGCACAGAACGGAACAACAGAGAACGGAGUGGCCGAAGGGAUCCCAGCUUUGCCUCUUCCUCAGCCUGUCAAAGUCCAGGAGGUCAGACACACCAAGAUUUUUAUUGACAAUGAAUGGCACACAUCCAGCAGUGGAAGGACUUUUCCUACUUUCAACCCAGCCACAGGUGUCAAAAUCUGUGAUGUGGAAGAAGCAGACAAGGAAGAUGUGGACAAAGCGGUGGAGGCAGCCAAGGCGGCCGAGCAGAGAGGCUCUCCGUGGCGGAGGAUGGAUGCGUCCAGCCGCGGAAGGCUGCUGCACAAACUGGCCGACCUGAUGGAGAGGGACCGGCUGCUGCUGGCGACCCUGGAGACUCUGGACACAGGGAAGCCCUUCCUGCACUCCUUCUUCAUUGACCUGGACGGCAGCAUCAAAACCCUUCGGUACUAUGCAGGCUGGGCCGACAAGAUCCACGGCAAGAGUCUACCUGUAGAUGAAAGCUUCAUGUGUUUUACCAAACACGAGCCUGUUGGUGUAUGUGGAGCCAUCAUUCCAUGGAACUUUCCUCUGCUGAUGUUCAUGUGGAAGAUGGCUCCGGCCCUGAGCUGUGGAAACACUGUGGUCAUCAAGCCAGCAGAGCAGACCCCCCUCACGGCCCUCCACGUCGGAGCGCUCAUCAAAGAGGCGGGCUUCCCUCCUGGAGUUGUGAACAUUGUUCCUGGGUUUGGUCCCACAGCAGGAGCAGCCAUCGCCAGCCACAUGGACAUCGACAAAGUAGCCUUCACUGGCUCUACAGAGGUCGGUCAGCUAAUCAAAGAAGCGUCAGCCAAAAGUAAUCUGAAGAGGGUGACUCUGGAGCUGGGAGGGAAGAACCCCUGCAUUGUGUUUGCUGACUGUGACUUGCAGCUGGCUGUGGAGGAGACCCAGAAAGGAGCUUUAUACAACCAGGGUCAGUGCUGCACGGCUGCAUCACGUAUAUUUGUGGAAGAAAGUAUUUAUGAGGAGUUUGUGCAUCGCAGUAUAGAAAACGCAAAGAAGAUUGUCAUAGGAGACCCGCUGGACCCUCAGACAUCACACGGGCCACAGAUCAGCCGAGAGCAGUUUGACAAGAUUAUGGAUCUGAUAGAGAGUGGGAAGGAGGAGGGAGCCAGGCUGGAGUAUGGAGGAGCAGCUGUGGGCGAGAAGAGCCUCUUCAUUCAACCCACCAUCUUCUCUGGGGUCAAAGACCACAUGCGCAUCGCCAAGGAAGAGAUCUUUGGUCCGGUGCAGUGUAUAUUCAGCUUUAAAAGGCAGCAGGAGGCCAUAGAGAGAGCAAACAGCUCACAGUAUGGCCUGGUGUCAGCAGUCUUCACAACCAGUAUGGACAGAGCUCUGUCUGUGUCUGCAGCCCUGGAGACUGGCACCGUCUGGAUAAACUGCUACAACGCUCUUCAUAUCCAGACUCCCUUUGGAGGGUAUAAGAUGUCAGGCAACGGGCGAGAGCUUGGAGAGUAUGCUCUGGCUGAGUACUCGGAGGUGAAAGCAGUGACCAUCAAGCUGAGUGAAACAUGUGAGAAGAACUGACUGAGAUGUCCAUCACAUCCCAAUUGUUUCCAACCCAUACAGUCCUUUGUCAUCAGUCAUGCACAUGAUGUUGAGAUUAGGGUUAGGCCAAUAUCUGAGUUAGUCUAAACAGUUUAUCAGAGCCCAGAAAGAGUCGGUGUUUGUUCACCUUCUAUUUGCUGCAGCUAAGGAGAGGCUUUAACUCAACAGCUUCAGUAAUGUCACUACACAAAACAGCUAAUGCUCUAUUUUACAGGUUAGUAUUUUUAUAAUAAUUUACUCAGAAGUUCUCCCUGACAUAAGUAUGUGAUUUGGUAAAUUAUUAUGGGGAAAGUGGAGACUGUGUUUGGUUGGUACAAUAACAACAACAGUGAGUAAUCACUGACUUACCCCGUAGACCCCAGCCAUACAAUUCAACAUUAUGUAAUAUUAAAGUUCCUAAUAACAAAUCAAUAAUGAAUAAAUAUUUACUUGGAUUAAAAUAGGGAAAUUCUUUCAAUGAAAUUCCAAUGUAUCAUAUAAGUAGUACCAAACAACAGAGUACUUUCUAGGAAAAUAUCAAAAGAAAAAAUACAAAAGCUGAGAUACGGUUUGUUGACAAAACAGAAAUGGGUGAUCCACUUAUUAGGACAUUUUCAGAGCUUUCAGCUACAUCUGGUGGCCUCCAUCAGUGGAUGGAGUUCGCUCACUUGUUACGAAGAUGGUUUAGUUGUCAUCACAUGACCUACGUUUUGUAUAUGUGGGGAAAUGGCAGCAGCUGUCUCUGAUCAAAGAUGGUGAAUGUCCUCCUUGACUUUCUACAGUCGUCUACUGACUCCUGCUCAAUGACCUUUGACCUCUUCUCGGUGGAUGCUGUGAGCAGUUUUGAUCUGGUGUUCACAGACAGCUGAUGUUGUCUGUUCCUGUUCAUUCAGUCUCUUUUCCAUUGCCGUAGUUGUCUCUCUAAUGUAGUUUCCCUUUAGUUCUGUCCUGUUCAUUGUGGUCAAGUGCUAAGAUGCUUUCCUUGGACCUGUUGUAACGGAGUGGACUUCCUGCACCCCCUCUUUGUACUGGUUUAUAUUUCCUGGCUCUGCAUUAAAGGUGCUUAAUUCAAAAUUUAGAGCAUAUCUAUUGCCUCCUUAAGGCUCUCAACAUGGCGACAGCUCAACCAGUGGCCAGCAGCCAGUGUCUGAAUCUUUAUGGAGCAGAACUCAAUGAGUCUGAUGGAAGAGUGUUAAAAUAAUACUCCAGUAGUUAUAAUGAUACAUUGGUUUGCCUGUCUAGUCCAGCUCUUAAAGCAGAUUAAUCUCAUGAGAUACAUAAAUACAGAACACAUAGUGAUUAAUCAUCAAUGAUAGGGUUUUGCAUAAGAAUUCCAUUGAAAUCUCAUCAAAUCUUCCUGCAUGGAACGAUGUUGAAAGGUCAGAAAAAUAAAUACUGUUUUAUAUUUGGGAUUUCUGAUUGUUGAGUAGCUGUUGUAUGCAGAUACUUUUUUAUUUCUAGUUCUAAUUGUGAUUGAUUAUGAAUGUUCUCUCUGCUGAGGGAUAUCUGCCUUUUCUUUCAUAUGUUGGAAGGAACUCUGUUCCUGUCCCAGAUAAGGUAAUAUUUACCUUACCAGUAACAUUUUAGUACUGUAACAGCUACAAUGUUAUCUUUGGAGGGAUAGUGUCAACUUUAACCAACAUAUGUUUGAAUGUUGUUUAUUAUCACACAUGGGAAACAAGUCUGUCUCUGCAUUUUUAGUUUUGUAUUUAAAUAGAAAAUCUGAAU